CCGCCAUGGGGAAGCCGGCGAGGAAGGGAUGGGACUGCAAGCGGUUCCUGAAGAAUAACUGGCUGCUGCUCUGCACCGUGGCCGCGGUGGUGUUAGGCAUUAUCAUCGGAGUCUUGGUUCGAGAACACAGCAAGCUCUCAAAUUUGGAGAAAUUCUACUUUGCUUUUCCUGGAGAAAUUCUAAUGAGGAUGCUGAAACUCAUCAUUUUGCCAUUAAUUAUAUCCAGCAUGAUUACAGGUGUUGCUGCACUGGAUUCCAAUGUAUCUGGAAAAAUCGGUCUGCGUGCUGUCGUGUAUUAUUUUUGUACCACAGCCAUUGCUGUAAUUCUAGGAAUUGUGCUGGUGAUGAGUAUCAAGCCCGGUGUCACCCAGAAGGUGACUGAAAUUGAUAGGACUGGCAGCACACCUGAAGUCAGCACUGUAGAUGCCAUGUUAGACCUCAUCAGGAAUAUGUUCCCUGAGAACCUUGUCCAAGCUUGUUUUCAGCAGUACAAAACGAAACGUGAAGAAGUGACUCCUCCCAGUGAUCCAGAGAUGAACAUGACUGAGGAGUCCUUCACAGCCAUGAUGACAACUGCUCUUCCUAAGAACAAAACAAAGGACUACAAAGUUGUAGGCAUGUACUCAGACGGCAUAAAUGUCCUGGGCUUGAUUGUCUUUUGCCUCGUUUUUGGACUUGUCAUUGGGAAAAUGGGUGAAAAGGGACAGAUUCUGGUGGAUUUCUUCAAUGCUCUGAGUGAUGCAACCAUGAAAAUCGUUCAGAUCAUUAUGUGUUACAUGCCUCUUGGUAUUUUGUUCCUGAUUGCCGGGAAGAUCAUAGAAGUCGAAGACUGGGAAAUUUUCCGCAAGCUGGGCCUUUACAUGGCCACAGUCCUGACUGGGCUGGCAAUCCACUCCAUUGUAAUUCUCCCACUGAUAUAUUUCAUAGUUGUAAGGAAGAACCCCUUCCGGUUUGCUCUGGGAAUGGCCCAGGCUCUCCUGACAGCUCUGAUGAUCUCUUCCAGUUCGGCAACACUGCCUGUCACUUUCCGUUGUGCUGAAGAAAACAACCAUGUGGACAAGAGGAUCACGAGAUUUGUGCUGCCUGUCGGUGCUACGAUCAAUAUGGAUGGGACUGCACUCUAUGAAGCUGUGGCGGCUGUGUUUAUCGCACAGCUGAACGACUUGGACUUGGGCAUUGGGCAGAUCGUCACCAUCAGUAUCACAGCCACAGCUGCGAGCAUUGGGGCUGCCGGUGUGCCCCAGGCCGGCCUGGUGACCAUGGUGAUCGUGCUGAGUGCCGUGGGCCUGCCUGCUGAGGACGUCACCCUAAUCAUCGCUGUUGACUGGCUCCUGGACCGGUUUAGGACCAUGGUCAAUGUGCUCGGUGAUGCUUUUGGGACAGGCAUCGUGGAAAAGCUCUCUAAGAAGGAACUGGAGCAGAUGGACGUUUCAUCUGAGGUCAACAUUGUGAACCCCUUUGCCUUGGAAUCGACAAUCCUCGAUAACGAAGACCCAGACACCAAGAAGUCAUAUGUCAACGGAGGCUUUGCCGUGGACAAGUCUGACACCAUCUCGUUCACCCAGACUUCACAGUUCUAGAGCCCUGGCAUCAGGUGACUGGGAAGGAUGAAGGACUUCUCCGUGAGGGUCAUCUCAUAGCAAAUUCAAACAUUAAAUAAGGAAAAGAAAAGCACUAAUGACCAGUUGUACAUUUGAUUCAGUAGACCUCCAGGUUAUUUUCUAUACUUGGAUUCACAGCCUUUGCUCUCCUGGUUUUGAGAUUUAAGGGUGGAGUAAGAUGAAAGGAAGCUGAUUAAAAGGAAAAUUGUAUUAUCUGGGUUUUGAAAAUUCUGUGAGACAAAGUUUGGAAGUAUGUAAAAUAGUUAACUGUUAGAAUUACAUAAUGGAUAUGGAAGAAAAACUGCUUUCUCAUGCACAGACCAGUAUUUUGGGUUUUUAAAAUAUUCUGUCAUUAGUUACAAAUUUCUACUCAGGCUUUCUAUUGGCAUGGAUUUCCUUGGCCCUCUCACUUUUUUACAGAUUAUAAUGCCUCUAAAAACCUCUCCCCAGAUAAUGUGCCAAAUUAUUCAUUUUGAACUCAUCUCCAGCCAAUCUCUAAGAAACUUCUUGAAAGAAAACAGACCAGCACAGUUCUGCAAUAACAAUUUCAAGAUGGGCAUAGGGUUUGGGGGGAAGGGAGAGGGUUCUUUUUUAAAUGUACUGUAUGGGACACUGGUAACUGUUCACCCCAGUGUUCAGCAUAGACCUAUCUAUAUAUAUGUGUGUGUGUGUGCGUGUGCGCGUGUGUGUAUAUAUAUUUAUUAUUUUCAUAUAAUUUGCCAGAUAGAGAUCAGAGUUGAACUGUCAAUGUGAAAUAAAGAGCUCUGAUGUACUUGAAUAAUAACUACAAUUCCAACCCAGGUCUGCUUCAGGGUUUCUCAGGAGCACUAGGAUGAGAAAUCACAUUGUUUGAUCCUUUCACUUCUGUGUAUCAGCCCUAAAUCAGAGGUGUAUUACAGUGAUACUCCAAGGUGGCAUAGCCAUUCACUCACAACUUCCAGAUUCAAACUGCCUGGAGGGAAUCCAUGUCAGCUCUAUAUAACAUUGCAUACAAAGACUGGAAUGUUCUUUUAUUCAAUUAGAAGGCUUCGUUCUUCCAAGUUCAUUCAUAUCCGCUUAAAGAGGCCGGUACUUUGCCACCCUUGCACUUUUGUAUCCACUGGGGCCCAAACAAUAGUGGCAAGCUACCAACUAAGUUGUAUUUUAAUACAGAUUCUGUGGAUUGAACAAGACACAUUACAGAAAAAAGCUGUCUCUACCCUGGAUUCUUGCAAAGUAAAUCCCAUGACAUGAGAUGUUGAUAUCAGUGGUUCAGGGGAGAUUCUUCCAUUCUACCAUACUUGUCUCCUCCUCCAGAAAGGACUGUUGUAACUAGCAAUCUUGGCCCUACUCAUUAAAACCCUCUGCUUGUCAUUCUCCUCCUAAUUUAUGAAGAUAGCUUAUCAAAGUCUGUGCUUCAGUUUUCAUCUUGUAAAUAAUGCUUAACAUACUCCUGUAUUUACACUGAGAUCUAAAAUAAUUAUGUUUCUGCAGUAUUGUGUAGCCAACUUAAACCUGUGCUUUUCGAUUUAAGAAACCAGAAAUUGUGCCAAAGAUAGCAGAUAGCAGAAGAGUAAAUAAACUCUCAGUAUUGACCACCUGCACCUGAAAUCUUCAACAGGAUGAUACUGAAUUGUAAUGUAAACAUCAUAAAUAGUGAGCAGUGAUUCAAUGUGAAUUUUAACAUGCAAAUAUUGGUAUUAUUUGUAGGAAAUAAAUCUAAAUAUAAAUGAA